ACGUGAGUCCAAAUGAAUCCGUAGCUUCUAGAAAUGUGAGAAAAAGGAAAUUCACGAGUUCUUUGAUUCUAUACAUAAGUCUUUUAAUUUGGAAUUCAAUUCAACGAUAUUAAAUUUUUUAAGAAAAUUACACGAAGAACAAAAUCUUUGUCAAACUAGUUUUUCUUGGUCGUUUCAUUUUUUAUUCCUUCAAAUUCCGUUCUGUAAAUUCAUCUUUCCGAGUUCUGAAAUCCGUGUUGUAUGAUAGCAAAAAUGGCGCAGAACGAAGAUCACAUGGAGGAUAUAGAUGGAGACUCGUAUCAACAGGUUAAACAGACGCUGAAGGACCGAUCCAAGAAAAUGGCGCAAACGAAAGAGAUGUUAUCGAAACAAGCAGUUCAAACAAAAGAGAUUCUAUCUAAACAGGCGGUAAAGAUCGCUAAGCAGGCCGAAGAACACGAACGAUUCAUCAAUAAGGUUACGCACCUGCUUGGAGUUCUUGGUUUCGGAGGAUUCUGCUUCAUCUUAGGAGCGAGACCUCAGGAUAUUCCAUAUGUAUAUUGUUUCUUUUAUGUUACCUUUGUUCCUCUUCGUUGGAUAUACUAUCGGUUCAAGAAAUGGCAUUACUACCUCUUGGAUUUUUGCUAUUAUGCAAACACGAUUUUCAUUGUUGACCUUCUUCUGUAUCCAAAAAAUGAAAAACUUUUCAUGAUUUGCUUCUCAUUUGCAGAGGGACCAUUAGCUUGGGCGAUCAUAGUUUGGCGUUGUAGCUUGGUUUUUAGUUCUUUUGACAAAAUAGUUAGCGUUCUUAUACAUCUAAUUCCUGGUUUGGUUUUCUUCACCAUUCGAUGGUGGAACGAGGCAACAUUUGAAGCCAUGCAUCCCGAAGGAACUUCCCGCCGGGCUUCAUGGCCCUAUGUAGAGGACAAGUCAUACUUAUGGACAUGGCUAUUUCUAGUUCCCUUGGUUGCUUACACUCUUUGGCAGAUUCUUUACUUUCUGAUUGUCAAUGUGUUGCGUCGUCAACGGUUCUUACGAGAUCCCGAAGUCAUGACUUCAUACAGGGAACUAUCUAAAAGGGCACAAAAAACAAACAAUGUAUGGUGGAAAUUAAGUGGUUUACUUGGAGAUCAGAAUCGUCUAUUCAUGUACAUCUUAUUCCAGGGAAUAUUUACGGUAUUGACAAUGGCAUUAGCCGUUCCGAUCUUCCUAUCCUAUCGGUUGCAUGUAGUUUUCCAGUUGCUAAAGGUUUCAGCCGCGGUCUGGAAUGGAGGGAGCUUUCUGUUAGAGGUCAUGCCACGGCAGGUGAUUCAGAAAGAGAAGAAGAAAACAGAGAUACGACCGCUUCAAGACGAUCAAAAUCAUCAUCCUUCAGUUCCCGCAGACGAAAACGGAGGUGACAUCAAUUCGAGCGAGCCAUUGCAGUCGUAAUCAGCAGCUGUACCCGGUUUGAUCUUUCUCUCAAACAUGUUAGGCUGUUGGCUCUAAUUAUAUAUAUAUAUCGAUUUUGAUCCAUGACUGUUGUAAGUAUUGUAUUACAGCUUUCAUAAUCAAAGUGGUGUUUUUAGGAGAGAGAUGAAGUAGUUCUUUUUCUUUUAAUUUGUGUUUUUCCAUUUCAUAGACAUUGGAAAUGGGUGUGAAAAAUAGGUUUUACUUUAAACGUUUUAAGAUUUCUCCAUUCGUUUCAUUUGUUUAAUCCAUACAUACCCAUCGCAAACUUUGGUAAGGUUUGUGUAUGUCGAUACCUUUUUAUUUUUUCUAUCAAUGAGAAUAUUUGUUUACUUUCA